AUGAGUCAAUCAUCCAAUAACAAUGAAAAGUCAAAGAGCAGCACUUUUCAACUUCGUCUCAAGAGCUUCUUUUCAAAAGUGUCAUCAUCUAGCGGAGGAUCUUCAUCAUCGGGAACCACCUCGUCCAAUCGUUCACCAAGCUUGGGAAACAAUCACAGUCCUCUACAGAACAAUGAGAUAUCUUCUCCAACCACAACCACCACAACAUCACAAACUCAUACCACCACAACAUCCAACAACAUUUCCUCCACUAAUGUGAAUACUUCUCCAAAUAUUACCAUUACAAAUGUUCCAACAUACUCCACAACCAGCAAUCAUCUUGACAUUCCCUUUCGCAAAAAUAGUAAUCUGAGUAAUGACUCUCACCAGGGUGGUGAUCUGAGCUCAGCAUCCUCAUCAACUGCCACCACCUUGACCAAUUCCUCCUCUCUCAUUCCAAACCAGCAGCUUUCUCUUCAUCCAUCAUCAUCAUCACCACAAUUGCCCUCUUCUUCGCAUUCUCCAUCCAAGAGCCAAACGCUACAAAAAAAUACUUCUUCUUCACCUCUUGUCAAUUAUCCAUCUAGAGUUUCUUCGGAAGAAGAAGAUGGAGAAGAUCAUCAUGUUUUGAAAAGUAAUAAUGAUAUCGGAAAUGAUUGUAGCAUCUUGCUUGGAUCAUCUCCUCAGAAAGGAACGAAUUCGAUCACUCAUCAUUCAACACAACCGAGCCAGGAUGACCGAGUCAAAAGUUUAUUGAUACUGAAUGAGGAGGAGGAGGAGGAGGAGGAGGAUGAGUUGUUGUUGGAACCACCUCCUCAUCCGAGAAGUUCCAAUGCAGCUCGGAAAACUUUUGAUUUUGCAUCUUCUGUAGGAUCUUCUCAACCCUCUUCUUCUUUCGACAAGUAUGGAAGUUUAGGAAUUGUUGGCUUGGGAAGUUUAGGAAGUUUACAAAGUAAUAUCUUACAUCAUAAUGGUUCAGAGGAUCAUCAUUCACCUCAACACCACCAUCAGCAUGAUCAGUCAUUCAGCACAACAGCCUCAUUUGACUCCAAUCGGUCAACACCUCAGGCACAUAGUUUUCGAUUAGCUCACCGAUUGACGUUGGACCCUAAUGCAAUGAGUCAUUUCAAGGAUUCUCAUCAUUUAGAUGCAUCAUUUUCAGAUGACGCAAGUACACAAGAGGAAAAUUCCUCAUCACCAACCCCUCUCAAUAUUGAAGAAAUAUUUCAGGUUCAAUCGUUGGAAAAUAACUCUACAAUUUCUAUGAAUGGUUAUGCUGAAACUUUUCUUUCUUCAUUUGGAGAGUUUUUAUCUUCCAACGAGUCAAAAUCAUCAUCAACAACAUUUUCCAUACAUGGAUUGCCCAAUGUAUUCAUGCCACUCAAUUAUUUGGAAACAACCGGAAAUGAUCAAUCUCUUUACGGAUUUACACAACAAAAACAUGCAAAGAUUCCUCUUUUAUCACACCUCUAUGAAAACGAAGUUGCAGAAUUGCCACUUCAUGCAAGAAACACGAUUCGUGACAAAUUCGAAUCAAAUUUUCAAGUACUUUUAUCCAAUUCGAAAAAACAAUUUCAUCUCUCUAAGAGCACAAUGAAAAGGCUAUUUCUUCUCCAGUCUAAGAAACAUAUUGUGGAGGAAAAUAAGUGGAGAAUGCUCGAGGAAACUUUAUUAUCAAGAGACAUUCGUUAUCAUAAUGAUCCAAAAAGUAUCAUACCUUUGAGCGCACAUUUGACUGACUAUAUAUUCCCAAAAGAAAAAGAGAGACCACGGAGUAGAUCCAACUCUGGAAUUGCAACCUUGAAACCUUAUCAACUUGAUGGAGAUAAGCAAAGAGCUUUGUCACCACCUCCAUCUCUGUCUCCACUCUCUCUAACACCUUUACCGAGCCCUUCACUAAACAAUGAACCAAUGUUUAGAAGAAAGGGUUCUGAUGCAUUUACAAACUCUCCUAAUGACGAUACGCAUUCAAGUAAGGGAUCUACUUAUGAAUCCAGUGAUUCUGAUGAUGAAGAGCGUGAAUACAUUACAAGCUUCAAUCCAGCUUUAGCGCACGAAAUUCCUCACGGAUUCCUCUCCACAAAAAUUGACAAUUUAAAGGAAUUUCUGAGAGAAUCCAGUGACGAAACGAGCGCCUCCAGAAAAAAUGUUAAUGUCAAUGAGUAUAAAACUUGGAAGAAGGAACAUUGCAUUCUAGAAUUUUUAACGGAUGAGUUACUGAAUACGCAAGAGCUUAAAACAAAAAUGUUUCCCUUCUUGUUCAGCUCUAGUGAAUGCCUAAAAGAUGGCUCUACUGAUUUACUCUUACAAAGCUUUGAAGUGAUGAAACCAGAUAUUGACAAUAGAGCAAAAUUGGUUAUUGAGAUUGACAAAUUUAAGCUCGACUUUAUUGAGGAAUAUUUGAAUGGUGCUGGUUUAGAGAAAUUUUAUGGCUCUAUUACACUGUAUGAGACCAAACCUCCUGAUGGCACACAUACAUCUGCCGUAUCUGGAAUCAAGCGAUAUAGCGAGACGUUCACAUUUUCUCUCGCAUCAGGUGUGAAUAGCAAAAAGGCAUUGUUUUAUUUGAGUCCUCAAAAUCUGCCUAAUUAUGUUGGUCAAAAGCCAAAGGAGAAAGUCUAUGUGUUGUUGCGACUUUUCAGAAACUUUAGAGGGAAUUACACAAAACAUUUUGAUGAUCUUUAUAUUAAAGGAAAGCAGGCGAUAAGACCAGGAGACAAGAUUACCAAUGUCAAUGAAUUGAAGGAAAUGAAGGCCAUUCGAGCUGUAAAACCAAGCUUUUUUGAAUCAUUGAAAGACGUCUAUGCUCCAUUUGCUUGGUCUAUUGUCGAGCUGGAUUCCAUGCUUUCAUCCUUGCCAGCAUUGCAAUUUCCAAGUCUGUAUGUGGACUAUGAGGGACUGUCAAAUCAAUUUCUUGUGAAGAAUAUUUAUAAUGUACCUGCAAAAGUGGUGGGUGACGUGAAUGAUGAAAAGCUGUUCGAGGUUUAUUUUGCCAACAAUUUGAAUCAAUCCUCAAAUCUAGUUGAGCUUUCUACGACUGAAACGGGAUUUUCGCAAAACUUGACCUUGCUUCCAUCAAACACAAAUCAGGUAGAAAAGGCAGUUCUCAACAACUCCAAAGACAUUGUUAAGCAAUUGUCAAAAACAAUACUUCGUAACAUUCCAAGUCAGUUCUCGUUCAAAGUUUCAUUGAUAACACCUAACAAAGUUAAUACUGCUACAAGAUCUCUCUACGGAAAAGAAAAGCAAUAUCAAUAUGUGCAAAGAAAAUACCUUCCAGAGAAUAACUUGCUGGUACUUCAAAAAGAGCCCACAACUAUUGAACAUGGUGCUGAUAAAAAAUCAAAGAGACAACAAAAAGAUCUUGAUACAAAGGAACCUUUACAGACAGAUCUUCCUGUGACAGAAAUGGAACAAUUUUAUUCCUCUGAUACUAUGCCAGAAACUACUUUCAGACAUUUCAAUUUGAGAAAUGAUCUCUUUAUAUACCCUCUCAGUGGUUCAUUUUCUAAAUUUUCUGCCAAACAUGACAAUGUUUAUCUCACAAUAUCACUCUAUGACAAUGAUACCAGUUUCUCAUUCAAUACCAUGGAACAAAGAAGUAGAAACAUAUUUUCCAAGCCAUUUUCUGGUGAUAAUCCAAGUAGCCGUACCCACGAGGGAGAAUGUGUCUCGGUUUCUUUGAAGGCUGAAAAACCUGAAUUUAGUGGUGAGAUUAAAUGUGCUGUACCCUGCUAUUAUCCUUCCGAAGGUGAAGAUAGCAGACAACAUUUAGUGUUCAAAUUUUACAAUGUACAACACAAGGAGUCAGUUCAACAGGGAAAGAAAGGAGAUACAGACUCGAGUGUGAUACAGUCAAAAACACUAUUCGGAAUUGCUUUUUUGAAAAUCUACAAAAAAGUAACCACCUCUAUCGACAAGAAGAAGGUUAUUCUUAAAGAUUUAAUUAAUGGAGAUUUUGAAUUGCAGGUUUUCAAUGUGUUGCACAUUCCAAACUCCAACUACUUACGUCUUUGUGAUGAAGUUAUUGAUCCUUCCUUGUCACAUAUCAAGUCAUCUGGAACUUUCAAAGUAAGAAUUAUGCCAUACAGCUUUAUUUUCCCAAAUAUUGCUCUCUCAUUUCCCUAUUCGACCUCGAAUGUGAUCAAUUUAUUCUUGUUAAAAUUUUUUAGAUUGGUUAACAAUGGUGGCAUUCCACCCCUAGAAGAAAUAUCUGACGCGUACAAAACACUAGUUCAAACCUAUGAGUAUGAGAAGCAAGUAGUAAUGAACACUAUAUGGUUUGAAAUGCACAAUUUAUAUCUACCCAUGAUCAUUAACACGUGUUUAGAAUGGAUUAUUGACUCGUUCGAUCUGAACAAGAAUUAUGCAGCAGAACUUUGGAAAAUUAUUUUAUUCUUUAUUGAGAAGUACAAUCAACACUCCGCAUACACCGCAACAGUACUUACUAUUUUCCAGAAAUAUCAUUUCAGACUCUAUGCUGAAAAGGAAAAAAAUGUGGCCAUCAAGCUUUUACUUUCAUUUGUUGAGAGUAUCAGAGUUGAGAAUACCAGACUCGGUACAAAAGGCAAUAUUUUUGAGGAAUUAUUCAUUAGAAAUAACCAAAUUUUGUUUGGUCUUUUUUUGAAAGCAAUGACAUGUUCCAUGAUCGAUAUGCCCGUUCCAAAUUCAAUGUUAGAAUCGAAUUUUGACAAUUCUCAUUUAUUAUCCAAAAUAAUGAUGUCUUCUAUUGAACAGUUUACAGUGAUGGUUCUUGAAGUUGCCGAGAAGUUGGCAUAUGGCAAGACUGAAAAACACGGUACCUUGAGAAUAUUUUUGAAGAAUUUUUCGACUUUCUAUGCUCACUUGGUUUCAAUAUUUGGAUCAGAUAUUGGCAGUUCUGUAUUGCAAUCGCAACCUCUUGAUGGAGAGCAUAAUGUAUACAAGCUGUUGGCAAAGCAAGAUAUUUUACAAUUCUUUUUACGCUUUGUUGAAUCAAUUGGAUACUUCCCAUCUCUUUUCAAGGUUAAAAAUAAUGAAACUAUGACCCCUUCCGCAGAUAACAAACGAGCAAGAGAAUUGUCUAAUUUGGCUGCAGAGCUUCAACUCAUAAUGCUGAGUGAAUUGUUACUUCAUUUUCCUGCUUUUGAGCUUUCAUUGCCACCUUCUAUUCCAUUUAUUGAAUCAAUAAUUUUGCGUGACAGCUUCAAAAGUAUUCAAAGUUUUCGAGACAUUCACCACUUUGUUUUUUCAUCAUUUGCAGAAUACUUUAUCAGGUGUGUUUAUUUGAAUGAGGAUAAGGAUCAGCGAAUGAAAGCAAUUAUUCUGUUCAAGGAGUAUGUGGAGAAAGUGAGUAGAGAGUGCACCACCAUGCAGCAUUCAGAAGAAUCUCAUCCAAUUACAAAGCCUGAAAAACUUUCAGAAUUGCGGGUUCGAAUUUUCACUUCUCAAUUUUUACUAGAGUUGUUUGCUAAACACAUGAUUGAUCUUUUACCCGAAUGGAAGAAAAAUGCUGAUUCCAAUCAGAAGAAGAUUACUCUUGCUAUUGAAGAGUUGAAAAGAAAAAUUGCCCAAGUGGAGAGAGACAAACUUAGUAUUGCAGAGUCUGCUAAACAAGCUUACAAAUCCAAGAAGGAGCCAGAAAAAAAGCUUCCUCAUCUCGAAGUUCAAUUAAUCACUCUCAAACAACUAUUGGCUUCAAAGGAAAAGCAAUUACUUGAAGAAUUUGAGGCAACAAAAACUGAAAAACGUAUGUUCCUCUCAAUAUUCAUACAAACAAUCACAAACUGUGAUGAGAAAAUACUGAGAGCUCUAUGGAAAAUGAAUCCUGAAGAGACAGACUACAAUGCAGAAAAUACCAUUCAUUUUGGCUCAAAACUGUUGAUGACCUUCCAAAUGUGCUUACAAAGCUUUGAGUACAAUGGAUACACACCAUUAUAUCAUUUUUAUGAGAGAGUUUUUUCCAAGCAAACAACAAUGAGCCAGAGUUCUUCUUCCAGUACUGGAAACACCAAACAAACAAAUCCAACAUUAACAACAGCUCACAGCAGUUCAAGCAGCAUUUGGAAAGCAGGUUUGACACGAUCCCAGACUAAAAAUUCAGCCAAAAUCAGCUUGGAUGGACAAGGAAGCGAAAUUCAAAUGGAUGAUUCCAAGUCUAAUUCUGCUAAUUCUUUAGUCAUGCAUGUUUCCAAGUCAGAUUUUAUUGAGAGAAAAAUUAAUAUGGAAAGACAUAUCUCGCAUGAAAUGGGUACAAUUAUUUUCCAAAUGUUUUUAAAGUUUAUGGAAGACAAUAGUGGUUAUAUUGAAAAUUCACUUCCAAAGGGAAGUAUUGAUCCUAAACGUUUACCUCCUCUUGUCGAGAAUAUUGUAAGAACUGUUCUCAACUUUUUACGUUCAAAUCUCAGCGAGACUCUUACUGUAUCAGUACUCAUGUACAUGCGACAUGCACUUUGUCAACAUCCAUUUACUUCCGUUUUCUAUCAUCCACAAUCUGAAUAUGGCCUUCUCGUUGCAGAGGAACUUCUUAGACUUAGCCAUUCAAAAUUAGGAUCUAUUAGAAAGCAUGCUUCUGCUUGUUUUUACUUGUGGAUACGUUUCUGUUUUGAGGAAAACAAAGGUAUGACAAUUCCUCAAAUCAUGACAACACUUGCACUUUCAAGAAGACUUCAAACAUAUACCAAUAUUAGCAGCUUACAAAAUAUUUUGACAAAUGAUGCGGUUGAUUCAUUCGACGACUCUCAAGUUUCGGAUGCUCUUCGUUUCAUUGAAGAAUGUAUCAAAAUGUUGCCUUACUUUGCUCUGAAAGAUGAGGCCGCACCUGGAUCAAAAUUCUUCAAGAUACGAAACAAGUAUGGAAAACUAAAAGGCCAAGACGAUUUGGAAAAUCCAAGUCUUCCACUUGACAAAAUUGGAACGGAUAAAAAACAAGAGCAACCAUCACAGCAAGCUUCAAUCAUGGACUUGUCGAAACAAAAAGGAGAGAGGUUCCAUAAUGCAAUGGUUUUCUUCAAGAAGAUUGAAACAAAGGCAGACCAAAAGAAACAUGGACAAAAAGUUCUUGAGAUUUAUGAACAUUUUCAUGAAUUUCUUGCUGAACUGUCAAGAAAAUUGUUGAAUUUAGUUCAAGAUACCAUGGCUAUUCGAGCCACAAUGAUCAAGAGAAAACAAAGUUCUAUGGAAGAAAGUUUUACGUAUGACCCUUUCAAGACUGAAGAAUUACUUUACAGAAUUUCAGAGAAUUAUUCAAAGCUUCCCGAACUGAGAUUGGCUUGGCUUGAACAAUUGGCUUCUUAUCACAAGAGUCUUAACCAAUAUGAAGAGUCUGCUCAUUGUUAUUUGAGAAUAUUAUCACUUGUUUUUGAUUAUUUAGAUCAUGCCAACCAAAGAUUUAAUUCAAAGCAUGAUGUUUCAUUGUUGGAUAUUUUACCUCUUUCACAAUUUUAUAGUAUUUCUCCAAUGUUGAAUGAAUUUAAAUCGAAUCAAACAGGUUUUCAGACUCAAACACUCCUCGGAGGAGCCAACACUCAGUUGGAUUACAUGUCCGAUCAUUCUAUUGUGAAGUAUAUUUUGAGAGCUAUUGAUUGUUUGGAGUUAUCUGAGUGCUAUGAGCAUUGUAUUUUAUUGUACAAGAUGCUCAUUCCAAUAUUUGAAUCAAAAUAUGCAAACUAUGGUCAACUUCAUGCAAUUUAUGAAAGACUUACCCAGCUCUAUAAGAAAUGUGCCUCAUUCCAAGCUUCUGCAAGUGCCACUGGAAUCACAACUUCUGUUCCGAGCUCUCCAAGAAAUAACAGCUCUGCUUCUGAAUCAAACGAUGCUUCAAGCUUGCUUGCGAGAUUAUCGUCGUUUUCUUCUUUGAGCUCUUUAACCAUGAAAGUUGACACAACAGAGACAGACACACGAGUUUAUAGCUUUUACUAUCGUGUGAAAUUUAUUGGACGAGCAUUUGGAGAGCUUAAUGGACAAGUAUUCAUUUACAAAAUGCCAAAACUAUUCAAGCUUUACAAAAUGAAGAAUAAGAUGAUUGAAAUAUAUGGAAAAGAUAUUGAGGUAGUUUCAAAGGAAGAAGAAGGAAUUACCAAUGUAGAAUCUGAAGAUGAUUUGUCUUCCAUGUCUGGAGAAAAUAAGAAAAUCAUUCAAAUUAACCAUGUCAAGCCGUUCUUGCCAACAGUAGAACAAAUGAAAGUUCUAAAGAGAAAAUUCGAUGAUCUGAACCGAAUCAAUAGCUCUUCGUUUGGAGUGAACAGUGCACCAAGUUGGAGAGGUGGAUUGGAAAGAAAAGUCAUGGGCAAAAAACCAAUGCAUACCUCAAGCACUUCCAAGCUUCCAACAAUACUCAGUGACAGCUUGAGUCCAAGAUCUCGAUCUAGCUCCAAUCCAAAAAUAGAACUAUCCUUACUUAACUUCAAUGAUCAAUCUAAAAAGUCAACAAUUUCUCCAAUGACACCAACUUCACCUACCAACAGUUCUCCCUCUGAUAGAGCAUUGUCACCUUCAAAAGUUACAAUUCCCAAACUAAAUUUAUCCAAGCCCUCCUCGUCAGGUGAGGCAUCAUCGACUUCUUCUUCAAAUAGUGGCAUGACUAGCAGCUUAUCGAAUAGCAAUGCAUUUCAAGAGUUGGAAAGAUUUCUGUAUGAUAGAACUCUAUCUUUGACAUUUUUCAUUCCUCGAGAGACAGAAUUUGAACGUAACAUGAAUAUCAAUCAAUUUUUCUAUGAAUACUCGGUCAGCAAAUCGAAAAAUGCAGACAUCACACAAACAGAGAAGAAAAAGAUUGUCAUUACCACAGAAGAAUAUUUUCCCAACGUCACAACCAGGGUAAAAGUAGUGGAAGAAAAAGUUUUCACAUUAUCACCUAUCGAAAAUUCCAUAGAAAUGAUUGAUACACAGGUGAAGAAAUUGGAAGGAGCAAUGAAUUUAAUUCUUUCAGGAGCUGUUGGAGAUGUCUCACACUACAAUGUAUUGGCAAAUUUAUUUAAUCAUUCUGUGGUGAAUACGUCGUCAUCAUCCACAAGCGGAGCUAGUAGUGUACAAGCACGAGUUGGUGAAGGCCCAAAGAAAGUAGUUGAGGCCUUCCUUAACAAGGAGUACAGAGAAAACUGGAAAAAGUACAACACAGCACAAAGCGAUUUGGUUGAGAGAUUGAACGAGAGAUGCUUCAGAUUUUUAUUAUUGUGUGAAAGAGGUGUCAAGCUUCAUUCUCUCAUGAUUCAUUCACAAGCUCCAUCAGCAUCAAGCACCAAUAAGGACCGAGUGUUACAUGCCGAGUUAGAAAAGGGAUACCACGAAGUGAAAGCUUUGUUUGAGCAUUAUCUUGUUGUUCCACGGGUGAGAACAUUCAUCUCAAAUUCAUCAUCGGGUACCAUUUCCCCACCAGAACGUGUCACCAACCUGAAAAACAAGGACAGUUCUUAUGCGGUAGAGACAUAUUUUGAUAUUAGUUUGCAAGAUGCACUUAAUUAUCCUGAACUUUUCUAUAAGCACAAUAAUGUGCCAUAUUCUCUUAUUCAAACUGUAAUGGGAAAGACCGUAAGUGGUGGUGGAACGAGCGGUUCCAAUAAUAUUGUCCACCAUCAGCACAACAAUUCUGAUGCAUCAUCACAAAAUUCAAUGUUAUUAACAGAAAAGGAUCUAAGCAAUAGCUGCAAUAACAUGUCUAAAAUAGGUUUCCAGAACAGAUUGUCCAUUCCUUCCACGAAAAUGAAAGAAUAUCUGGAGCAAUUGGGAAGUGUUGAUUUCGAUCGUCAGGAGAGUAAGAUGGUGAAUGAAGUGCUCUCUCGCUCUUCAGUUGACCGUACGAACUACUAA